GUACGAAUGUAUAGUGCUAGAUCGGGUCCGCGACACCGUGAGGACCAAUGAUACUUGGUUAAAGAGACAAACCCGAUGGUCUUUUCUGGUUUAAACAAGCCAUGAAACGCUCCUAUUGAAUCCGAGUAGAUUCAUAUCGAUUAGCGUAACUACGUGUGAGCACAGCCUCGCAAGCGGAAGCACAGUUGGCAAGAUGCCGGGUCAAGGUCACAAAAGAUAUCGAGUAUCCUGUGCUCGUGAGAGAAGUGUGAAGGCAGAGAAUGCCCUCCAGACCAGGCCAACCACUGCGGCCGCGAUCACUCGUCAUAACGGGGUGAAGCCAGCUCAGCCGGCCCAGCAGAAGACUUACGCGUCAGAAAGCGCAGCAUCCAAACCUGCGAGAGCACCGAGACUCUACAACCGUAGGGGCGCAGCACCCAAUCGACAGCGAACCCCGCUCCCUUUCCAUAGACAGCAUCGAGCCACAUAUGCAAAGUCCGUCACCGACGGCAUCGUCGAUCCUCCGCAAUCCAUCAGCGCCCUGGUGAGCCUGGACCUGGUUGACUGUCGUCAGAGUCAUGUACGAACAGUCGCCCCUCAUCGCUCGCGCGCGCAAUUCACGUCCCACGCCAAGGCUACAGAGGUAACGAAGAAAGCACAACUAGAGCGAAUGGCUGCCUUGGCCAGCGAGGCGUACCCAUCCACCCACGCAUCGUGGAAAAGGGGGACUGGUAUUCCGGGACAGGCCGCUCCCUGGUGA